CCCACUGUCAGUGUCAGCGUUUGGGACGCCGUGGAAUUUACGUGUUUGCGUGAAAAAAGUCGCGAGUUCGGUGGAAAAUCGCGGAAAAGCAGGGAAAAUGGUGAUUUUUGAUAUCUAAAUAUAGUGCAGUGUCCUCAAGAGUAGCCCAAUGGCUGAUUCGGAUUGGAAGAAACGUGUGGGAAUCACGAUAAACUACAGUUCCGGCGAAGACGACGAAAGUGUCGAGUUUCGGACUAAAGCGCCUCCGAUUGAGAGGGGCGUCGACUGUGGUGAAUUUGGACCGGUAUCCUCAACAGAUGACCUUCUGACGCGCUACGAGGAAUAUGGAAGUACUCCUCCGAGGACUAGGAUCAAGAUAAAGAACAGGGACUGGGAGAGGAAGCAGAGAAUGGAGGGCAAUGGGAAGAGGAAUGCAUCCCGGAUGACCCGUUCAAGGGUCAAUCGGCGGAAUACCAUGGACUGUGCCAUUCUCAAUGAGAUGUUUGUGGAGGAUGAGCACAAGAGGACUGACAAGAGAGCCCUUCAGCUUCAACGGGAAGCUGAUCGGGAGAUUAAGCUGUCAGCAAUGGCCACAGCGGCUGUCAAUCAGCUGCAGAAGCGCAAUUCCCGGCCACUGAGCAAUGCCAGUAUCGAGGAGCGUACAGAGAGCCUUCCAUUGGCCAAUGUGGCUGCUGGUACUGUGGGCACAGGGCCCACAAUUAUUGAGUGCUCAAACAGAUACAUGAGUGUCCAGUCGCGUCCGGUUGGAUGCAGAAUGUCGGCACCACCGUCGGCCUUUGGGAACAAUCUCAGGCUCGAUCAGACUGACAUGCCCAGAAUACAGAAUCGCCAGGAGUUCCAUGAAACUUUUGCCAAUCUCAUCAAACUGGGCAGUGUGGACAAGCAGGAAAAUAAACAGCUCUCCCAUGAAGAGUACAAAUAUCAAACCGAACUACAAGACUUAAUCUGGCUGGAGCUUCAGGCCUGGCAUGCCGAUCGGACGCUGGAGCAGCAAGAUAAAUAUCUCUAUGCUGCCCGGCAGGGUAUUGGGGAUCUCCUCAAUGAGAUCAUGUCGUACAGAUUUCAGCCCAAAUUCUCUCGUACGUCCAGCAUUGCAAGUGAUACAGACAGUGGAAUGGCUUCAGACUCGGCCAGUUCCACUCAGGAUGGUCGGUGUUUGAUGAGCUGUGGAAUGAAUCAGCCCUGCACUGGCUGUCUGUCAAUGUACUGCAGAGAUUGCCAGGAUCAGCAGGGUCUGGCAAUGAAGCAAGUAGAGGUCCUGCUGACGAGAUUGGAGGCAGCUGAGGCACUCUUCCCAUCAACUCAGGCCCUGGGCCAGUGCUAUCCGAUUUAUAAAAAUGAGGAAUUUGUGGGAAGGGUCAAGGCCAUGUGUCUUUGGUACAAUAUCACGCGCCAUCAGAGGCUGAAGUUGAUGAUUCUCGGGAAAUUGAUGGCAAGGGCUCAGAAUGAACCUUUUGCCUGGCCAGUAGCUUUCGAGGAGCGUCACAGGAAUUCCACGGUAAGUUUGCAGGAUACAGUGGAUUCCGGAAGGGAUUCAGUGGAUUCCAAGAAGAUUUCCCCACCCAAAGUGCAGUUUACACUGGACGAAACCAAUGAAUCCGGGAGUUCCAAUGAUAGUACAAUUAGUGAAGAGUCAAUGCUUAAGGAAUCCACCCCAACGCCACCUGUAGGGGAUUUUGGGAAGCUCGUGAAUGAGGUUAAUCUCUUCAGUAGAGAUCCCGCAAGCCAUAGCUCCCCCUACAGGAAGUACAUUGAGAAUGUCCUGAAGUCGAGAGGCCUGGGAAAAUCUCUGAACUUCCUGCACAGACUUCACAAUGUUGUCCUGAGGAAGGCUCAGAUAACCCUGGAGAAGCCUGGAAGUGAGGAAUCUGACAGCGAAGGAGAACUCUUUGAGAUGGAUUCGCCUAUCAUUGAGCCUCCGUUGGAAAAGGAGCAGGAAGAGGAACUCAGGAGAUAUGGCAUCUGGAGUCCGGAGUAUGAGCAAUUAGCCCUGCCCUCGUACAUCCCGGCCUUUGUCUUCCUCUCGCUCAUUCCAAUGGAAGUUAUUCAUGAAUUUCUGAGGUUACGCCUGGAGACGAGGCCAGAGAAGCCCAAUCCAUUGAGCCUGGAGCAGUUGAUGAAGGAACUAAGGGAGGGACUCAUCCUGGCCAUAACGCAUCGCGAGAGGUACAAUAAACAUAUCACAACGGCGCUGUGCGAAAAGGAGCCUGAACUGGAGAAGUACAUUGGGAUUCUGGAUGAGUUUGACAAGACAGUGAUGAAGGUAAUGGAGCUGUACUUGGAUUAUGUGGAACAGUGGGUUCUGAUUGCAGCGCCAGAAGGACAUCAGAGAUCUGCCUUGGACAAGGAAUGGAUGUUUACGAAACUGGUUUGCCCAAUGAUUCCCGGACAGCAUUCCAGUGCAGCCAGUAGGUUCUGCAUGAUUGUGCGGAAUCUGCUGAGGGCGAUUGGGGUGCGUUUGGUGACGAGAGCCACAGAGUUGGAUGAUCAGAUCGAUGAGACGGCUCAUGGAGAAGCGUCCAAAUGGGAGAUCCUGGCAAUUUGUCGUGCCACUCAGUCGCUGUUCACGGAAGAACGUGAACGGGCUGUGAAGGUGAUGGCAUUUGCCAAGACUCUCAUCCGGGACAUUGAGCACUCGGAUUUCCAUCGGGAUCACAGUGAUGACUUCCUCAGCAAGUGCACUGGGGAUGAUUUUGUGUGCAGAGAAGUGAAGGAGGCGAUUAUAGUGCUCAAACGAGAUGCACUCCAGGUCAGGGAGAAGCUGACGACGAUCAUUGAGAUGGUGGAGGAGCGGUGCCAUGUUAAGCAUAUUGCUGACCUGGAUGAGAUUGACAAGGUGGCUGUUCUCACCAGAUCCCGUGAGAUUCUGCAUCAGGGAUAUAAGUUUGGCUUUGAGUACCAUCGGGAUCUGGUGAGGAUGAUGGAGACGAAGAUCAGUACGUGCAAGGAUAGCAAAUGUGAGUUCAAUUUGUCGCUGGGAAUCAUUGGAUUUGCCAAGAUGUGGAUGAAAUUUGUGAUGGAGAGAUGCGAGAGGGGAAGGGGAUUGAGGCCAAGGUGGGCAGCUCAGGGUUUUGACUUUCUCAUUUUGGCGUGUGAUCCGUCAAAUUCGCGGCAUUUGAGUGAGAAGGAAUUCGAGGAGAUGAAGGCAAUGAUGGACAAAUGCAUUUCGCAUGUGAUUGGAAUCACAACGGAACCUCAGAGGAAACGUCCAUCGCCCAGAUCGAGGAAGACCAGUCCAGCCAAUCGGAAUGCCACGCCCGGGAAAAUGGGCAUCUCGACGGGCAAUCAGAAGAACCUCAUGCCACAGAUGAGUCUGAGGGAGGAGGCCGUGGGGAUGUCACCCACAAGUGCUCCGGAUUCUCCGGACAUGAUCCGGAAGCAGACUUCCUGUGACACAUCCACAAAUGGGAUUUCCAUCAUUGUCCCGCAGAUCACGAACUUUACGCAGCCUCUGCGGCAGGUUCGGGUCAGGGAUGCUGUCAAUAGGUUGGAUCUGGAGCUGGAGAGCAAAUUGAGGGAGAGGAAUCUUAUUGGGCAGAUGAAGUCACUCAAUACAAGUGACAAAGUUCACAUCCGCUCAAGAAGUGUCACGUUCAGAUGGCAUCGAGGCAUUAAGAUCGGCCAAGGGAGAUUCGGCAAAGUUUACACUGCCGUCAAUAAUUCAACUGGCGAAUUGAUGGCCAUGAAGGAGAUUACAAUUCAGCCUGGGGAGAACAGAGCCAUCAGGCGAGUGGCUGAGGAACUAAAGAUCUUCGAGGGAAUCACACAUAAGCACCUCGUUAAGUACUACGGAGUGGAAAUUCACCGGGAGGAACUGCUGAUAUUCAUGGAAUUGUGCUCAGAGGGAACCCUCGAGAGUCUCGUAGAGAUGUCCGGGGGACUCUAUGAGAGUCUCACGAGGCGAUUCACCGCUCAACUCCUGUCAGCAGUUGGGGAACUUCAUAAGCACGGAAUUGUGCACAGGGAUGUGAAGACUGCAAAUAUUUUUCUCACCAAUGGGUCUAAUUGUCUGAAACUGGGUGAUUUCGGGUCAGCUGUCAAGCUUCAGACGCACACAACGGUGCCAGGGGAGCUUCAGGGAUACGUUGGGACUCAGGCCUACAUGGCUCCGGAAGUUUUCACCAAGAACAACACCGAAGGACACGGAAGGGCCGCUGAUAUCUGGUCAGUCGGAUGCGUGGUGAUUGAAAUGGCUUCCGGGAAGAGACCUUGGUCGCAGUUUGACUCAAAUUUCCAGAUAAUGUUCAAAGUGGGAAUGGGCGAGACUCCUGAAGUCCCGGACAGUUUGUCGCAGGAAGGGCAUGAUUUUCUCAAAAACUGCCUUCAGCACGAUCCAAAAACUCGUCAAACGGCCAAUGAAUUGCUCCUUCAUAACUUUUGCAAGGUUGGCCUAGAGGAUGACUGUUCGUGCGAUGAUAAAAGACAGCAGGAGAUUCGACGAUCUAAAAGACAUAAGACCAAAACUUAAACAAAAUAACUAUUAUUACCUCCACAUUCUUCCCAUGUUAGAAUUUUAUUUGUUACACUGAGAGAGAGUAUCUUAAUUGUUUCGAUCAAUAUUUUAUUCGGUCUGUUUCUUGUUGAAUUUUAUUCUCUACUUGCUAUCCUUUCAGUAGCUUCCUUUUGAGCAUUUUUAUAUCACUUUAAUUGAGCUCAGGAGAGACACGUGAUUGUUUAUGGUUUUUUUUGUUAGGAUAUAUUUUGUUUUUAGUGCUCAGAGGAAAUUGCACGACUGAGAAAGUCUUAUUGAUUUUUACAGAUUAGAGAGUAGAGAGAAUUGAUGCAAUUGUGCCUAAUUUAAUCACCCGCUCAGCAGAAUGAGAACAAUGUUAUUUUGUACAACACUAAAAAAAAAAAGGUAUUUUUGUUAUGAGCAAGAGAUAAUAGAUUUUUCUUUGGUAUUUUGUGCAAAUAUUCAGAGUAGACCAAGACACUUGAGAGUGAAAAUAAAGAUUGUUUUCCAAGGAAA